AUGCUAGAGCUAAUGUUGGGCCAAAUCGCGAACUAUUGUCCAAUAAUCUCUCAUAACACUAUUGUGAAAAAUAGCAUAUCAAUUGAGUUCAUAUGGAAUAUUAUUCGCCUGCAUUUUGGUUUUCAAGCUACUGGUGCCCAUUAUGUGGAUUUUAACAACAUCAAGCUACAACCUGAUGAGCACCCUGAGGACCUGUAUCAACGUCUUAUGGCAUUUGUCAAGGACAGUCUCCUGAGUUCUAGUGGUAACAUCACACAUCACAAUGAGCAAAUUACAGAAGAUGAGGAACUUUCUCCCACUUUGGAAAAUUUUGUUGUUCUCACAUGGCUUCGCCUUAAUGCUUAA